CAUCGCAAGCUGGAAUGGGGUUUGAGAGAACAGUGACUGACUGGAGGAAGCUGACACCUUAACUCUCCUUUGAAGAGAACGGGAAACAACAUCGCACAGGCUUUGAGGAAGAGCUAAGUGCAAAAAAAGGAACAAGACAAAGACGUAAGGUGCCUAAAAGACAUAGAGCUGCACAUGGCAACGCAAAGUGGCGAGCCACAGUGUUCGGAUAUAAUCGACCACAGCCACGUGAAAGAUUUUGAAGUAGCUCAAUGGAUCAAGAUCACUCUUGCGCUGGUGUACAUUAUUGUCUUUGUGGCAGGUAUCUUGGGCAACAGCAUUACCAUCCAGACAACGAAAGUGCUACAGAAGAAAGGCUACCUCCAGAAAGAAGUUACAGACCACAUGGUGAGUCUAGCGUGCUCGGACCUGCUGGUCAUCUUACUGGGGAUGCCUGUGGAGUUCUUCAGUAUGAUAUGGAGCCCGUUCUCAACUCCUCAAGGCAACCUGGCUUGCAAGUUGUACUGCUUCCUUUUUGAGGCCUGCAGCUAUGCCACGGUGCUGCAUGUGGCCACUCUAAGCUUUGAGAGGUACAUUGCCAUCUGUCACCCUUUCAAAUUCAAAGCUACGUCUGGACCCUGCAAAGUAAAGCUUCUCAUUACCUUUGUCUGGAUAACGUCUGUCCUAGUGGCCCUCCCUCUUCUCUUUGCAAUGGGUACCGAGUACCCUCUGGAAGUCAUCCAGGGCCAUCGAGGCUUGGUGGCAUGUAAGAAGCCCCAGCCCCGGCACCAUAUGCCUGACAUAAGGCUAAAUGUGACCACAUGCACCAGCUUGUCCUCCAGAUGGAAAGUCUUCCAGUCAAGUAUAUUCACAGCCUUUAUCGUAUAUGUUGUGAUAUUGGUAUCAGUUGCUUUUAUGUGCCGGAGUAUGAUGAAAGUCCUGAUGAUCCACAAGCAGGGGACACUGGCAGUGAGAGGGGAGACGGAGAGUCAACAUCAGUAUCUAAGGAAAACGGAGAAUCCUGAGAGCAGGACUUCCAGGAAACAGACAAUUCUCUUCCUAGGACUGAUUGUUGCAACUCUGGCCAUUUGCUGGCUGCCAAAUCAAGUCCUAAGGAUCAUGGCUGCUGCUAGACCUAAGCAGGACUGGACCGUCUCCUACUUCAGAGUGUACAUCACCCUCCUCCCCAUCGCAGACACUUUCUUCUACCUCAGCUCCGUCGUGAACCCACUGCUCUACAACAUCUCCUCCAAGCAGUUCCGGGCCGUCUUCCUUCAGGUCCUCCGUUGCCGACGCCUGACGCUAGAUCAUAUCAACAAGCAGAGGUUUUUGAGAGCCAAUUUGGAUUCCAUAGCCAGUGAUAGCCGUUACAGGCGCCCAUUGCUCUUCAUGUCAUCCAGGCGCAAGUCUUCUACCAAGCCAGCUAACAAGAUUUCCUUAAGUACUUUUCAGAGCGAGGCCAAGCCUGACUGCAGUUUGCAGAAAUUGAGUCUUGAACCAGUGGAGCUGAAUGAGCAAACAAUGCCCCUGGAGACCAGCACAGACCCUAGUCCUUCUAAGCAGAAUGGUCUCUGUGAACGUGAAGUGUGAAUUCUCAUAAAACAUAAAUCAGAUGCGAAAAAAUGGAAAUUCAAAAACAAACAAGCCAAGGGGUUACAGCUUGCAGGUUGUAGCCUCCUAGUUUAAAUGCUUGUUUCCAGUAACAUGAAUGGAUAUGGGAUCUACAUGAGUGAUUGUUGAUUUUUGUUUUGUUUUUAAAGUGCAUACUGGAAAUUCAGACAACUAUAUAUAUAUAUAUAUAUAUUCCUUCUCUAAGAAAGUUGCUGAUAUUUUUUAUCUCUCCAAAAUGUAUCUCUUCUUUCGGCACCUGGAUGCAAACAGCAACAUCACAAUGGAAACCAGCUGUGUCUUUGGAGGAAGUAAUACAGGACAAAUGAUGUGACCAACAGACUCUUCCAUUAGGGUUUAGCAGUGUACCGGUGAUAGAAAUGCCAAGCCGGAGAGCAGCACGGUUGUUAAGACACCAGCCCUGGGCAUGGUGCCAGAGUUUCCCCGCUUCUUUGGCCUCGGCCCAUUGCAGAGUGGAGUAUUGCAGCAGCUUAUACAAACAGAGUUUAUUUUCCCUGGAGUACAGAAAGUCUGGUAUCCGGCAGAGGUCAUGAGGCAAGCUGCAGAGGAUGCGCAGGACUUGCGAUACAGGAUCCCUGUGACACAGAACAAGAGUUUAUUUAGGUUGAUAUGAACAAACAUGCUUUCUGCUGCAUGCUAGCCCUUUUAUAUUUGAACAGACUGCCAAGUUCUUAGACAUAGUGGUUCUGAUUCCCAGUGCAUGCCAGGGGAUUUUGCCCACUAUCACCUGUUGUGUUUUUAAUAGGAAAUGCAGGGCUCAAAUAAAUGGCACUGUUUGGAAAAGUUCCCCUCUCCCCUCUUUUGUCUUAACCUCCCAUAAAGCCUGGGAAUGGCAAAAUCAAUACACUUUGGAAGAAAGCAUUUUAAGGUUUAGAAACCACUCCACAAAUACAGUUUCCAUUUAAGAUCUUGUCAAUUAAUACCAACACACUCGGGGUUUUGCAUGCAUUUUCAGGAGACAAGAGACUCUACGGUUAUUUUAAUUUGUUAAUUUAGCAUUUUACAGAAGUUCCCCCUACACUGUUUCUAUGCAAAAACACAAAUACUAAAAGGCUCCUGGGGAAUUUCAGUUCACACAGAGCACUGUUGAGUGAAAACAAAGAAGGAGAUUGUCAAAAAUCUCUGCCUCUUAGUUACUUGUAACUAAGGUGUUGUAAUAAGUUAGAUAAACAGCAUUUAGGAGGAAAUGGGGUACCUUGUAAGAAUUCCUUUAAAAUUGUUCUGUAUUUUUAAUUGAGUGAAUCAGAGGACAUACUUGUAUCACAUUACAUAUGUAUUUUAAAUGUUUUAUUGUGAUUAUAAAAUAAACACAUUUUACUGUUAA